UAUUCUUGCCUAAAUCUUACUAAAGAUCAUCAUCUAUUUGAUUCUUCAUAUCUGAGUCAUUGUUCAUUAUAUGUUUACAAAUUUUUCAACAGUUCCAUAACUAAAAUUUAGAAACAUAAUUUUUCUUUUAUCACAGAUUCUACCUGUGAUUGUCUUUUUCUUUCUUUCAAAUAUCCAUUUCAAUUUAGUUGAUUAAUCGUUUCAUUCAUAUAAAACACAUGGACAAAAUAGAUUUUUUCUAUGUUUAGGUUGGCCUAUGAGUGCAUCUGGAACAGUUCAGACUAAUUGGACUGGUACUUGGUAUGGUAUGACUAAAGCCUAUCCGGAAGGUACAUUAGGCACUGGCUGGAAUGUGACAUUUGAUGUUGGGCCCUAUCCAAUGGUUGAUAAUAGUUGUACCGCAUGGCGAAGCAUUUUUAAAGAGAAUGGUACAAUUACACUUACUAAAAACAAUCGUUUCUGUCGAGGACAUGGUCCUGAUGAUCUCUAUAUUGAAGAUGGUGGUAGUGGUAGUAAGGUAGCAGUACAAUGGAUCCAUAACGUGUUAGUGUCAUCAUUUAAAUAUCAAGGUGUAUUUGCCGUCGCCAGCAUGCGAAUGCGUGGAGAUAUCCUUGAAGAAGAGAUUAUAAUUAGUGGUGACAAUCCCGCUAUUGAAAAUGUCAUGGUACUACUUUUAUAUGACGUUACUCGAGAAAAAGCAUUUGAAGUCCAUAAUGGACUUGUAGAAUAUUUGAAAAAAAAAUUUCAUCAAUUAAAAUCUGGAUAG